AUGAGCUGGGCCAGCCAAGCGAGUAGCGUCACUACAGUGCCUUCCAUCGGCGACCUGUCCCAUGAGGAUAUUGCGUCAGCUGUCCAUCUCAAUGAGAAGAACUCCUUGCCUUCAUCCGUCAAACCUCUGGCCACCACGCUCGCUCACCACACCCGGGACGAGCUUCUUUCACUAGGAUGCUUCGAGCUGCCGGAUUAUGAUACUUGUCGCGAACUCAUACGAGCCUAUGGCCGAUGGAUUCACCCCACCCUACCCAUGGUUGAUCUUCUUCAGCUCUCGGCUGUCUUUUCUGAUAAAGAUUCGGGCAGUGCGAGCUUGCUUUUGCUCAAAGCAGUUCUCAUGGUUUCGUAUCCUCUUGUAGGGCACGACACCAGUCGCCAACCUGCCCUCGCUCGCCAAGUUGAGUCCCUGGUCCGAGCCAACGCAGAAAGAGAUCCGAUACUGGUUCUGCAAACUCUCAUCCUCAUGACCUACAAUGAAACCGACUCGCAAGGCCGGAAUAGCUAUUACUGGAUGCGAAUGGCAAGCAAAUUUUCCGCUAGGCUGCUUGCUGAUGCUCAGGUACUGUCAGACACACGUCCGGCUUUGCGAGCAACAUUUUGGUCGCUAAUGGCAAGGGAUGCAACUGUGUCAUUGGCGGCUCGGAGACCACGCCAAUGCAAAUUCGAGAUUCCAGCCUCAUUUCAAAAGCGGCCCGCGGUCGUCAAGAUGCAAACGACUGGUUUCCUCGACUAUGAGACGAAUUCUCUACGAUACAGCAAUGUUCAAGAAUCCUUGCACGAGCUAUGCAACGCUAUCCAGGUGACAAUGGACAGCAAACACAGCCAGGACAGUCUUGCGUCCGUCCAAGAGCCUGCAGAGCUUCUAACAGCAUGGUAUGAGCACUGGCAUGAGAGGCUGAGGAGCAUUGCGGAUCAGACUGGUGAGCCGAGCUUUCGAGUCCACCAAGCCGUCAUCUUGGGUUACUGGUCCCUUGCCGUGGUGACACUGCACUGUUGGAACCCGUCUCACAAGCUCGAACCGACUCCUGAACAAUCUAACAAGUCCGAGGUCGUAGCAACAGCACUGAACACCAUAACCUCGGUCUACUUGUCAUUGUAUGAGCAGAACCUCACACAGUACAUACCCAGUACCGCUGUUACUGCACUGGCACCGGCCGCAGUGGCCCAUCUCAUGAACAGCACCUCGCUCGACUGGGAGGUGCGUGCGAUUAGCACCCACAAGUAUUAUCUCUGUUGGCAGGUUCUUCGAGAUCUGAGCUCCAAAUACGAAUCAGCUGGUCAAGUCAUGUCAAUGAUGGAUACUCUCGGUCAAGGGCUCAAAGACUCGUUCGAUACUGGCACUGCUGAACAAGCCGCAAGAUUGAGAAUUUGGUGCACCGAUCUGAGGUCCUCGAUGGGAGGUUAA